AUGGAUAAUAUUUUUCCAGAUGAAAUAUUUUUACGAAUAUUUCGAUAUUUACCUCGUGUAGAUUUAUUUCGUGGUUUUUAUAAUUUAAAUUUUCGUCUCAAUCGUAUUAUAAGUGAAGCACGGGUCCAUUUCGGUGAUGUCGAUUUAAGCGAAGACGAACAAAAAUAUAUUCUUCCAUAUGUUCAACCUAAACAAAUUCGUUCAUUUCCUGUUUAUGAAGAAAAAUACAAAUAUUUAAGAUUAAAUGAAUGUGUUAAUAUUGGGAGAUUAAUAUUUCGGAAUAGUUCACCGUAUAAUGUCUAUACAUAUCAACAUCCUGAUCUGAUACAUGUAAAACCAUCAAUAUUUCCACAUUUAAAACAUUUAACCAUUUAUGUACAAUCAUGGUCAAAUGUGUAUAUCAAUUUAUGUAAAAUGAUAUUUGGGAAUGAAUUUCUGACAUUAGAAUCUGUUGAGUUACCAUAUGGUAAUGGUACUGGCUGGACAUCUCAAAUAAAAACGUGGUCAAUCAAUUUGAAGAAUGUUAAAAUUCAAUGUUGUAAUAUGUCAAUGUAUUAUCCACUACUUAAUAAUUUACCAAAUAUCUUAAGGUUUCACUGUGGAUUUGGUGCAACUUAUAGAGCAUCAUUAACGAAAGAAUGUUUACCAUUAACACAUUUGACUUUAGAAACAUAUGAUAUAUGGUCGACAUCAUCUGAAGGUUGUCCUACAGCUUUCCACUUGUCGGACAUGAUGGAUUUAUUUAAACGAUCACCUAAUUUAGAAGAUACAACUCUCUAUAUUCGUGGUUUCUAUGAACUUGAGGAUGUAUUUGAUCAAUUACAUCGUGUCUUAUCGAAUUGUCCAAAAUUAACGAGCUACUAUUGUGAUCUUCUAUUUCAUAAAAAAAGCUCCGUAAGUAUCAAUGAAAUCAAAAAACGUUAUCGUUUAUUUGAAGAUUGUACAGCUUAUAUUAGUGAAGGGUCAAAACAACAUCGAUGUUAUUUAAGAAAAUACAGAUAA